AUGUGGUGGAAACUUGUAUGCCUACUGGCGUUAGUGCCAUUCACAAUGGCUGAAGAUAGCUCAAUCUUGGAGAAGCAAGCGUUUUCCAUCGAAGGAAACGUUAUCUUUCCCGCUAAUACUAAAGAUCAACUGUGGUCUGCCAAUUCUCGUGUUAUCCUCAAUCACGGACAAUAUCUUGGUUUCGUUCAAGAUGAUGGAGCUUUCGUUGUUAAUAAUGUUCCUUCUGGAAGUUACGUGGUUCAAGUAGAGAAUGUCGAUUUCGUUUUUGAACCAAUCCGUGUUGAUAUCACUGCCAAAGGAAAAAUGCGUGCUCGCAAGCUGAACGUUCUCCAGCCAAACUCUGUGAAUCAACUACCUUACCCUCUUAAACUGACUGCUCGUGAAACAACAAAAUAUUUCCGUAAAAGAGAAGAAUGGAGAGUAACCGAUAUGCUUAUGAGCCCAAUGGUCCUCAUGUUAGCUCUGCCUCUGCUUGUUAUGCUUAUUCUUCCAAAAAUUGCUGCUACUGAUCCUAGUUUACAAAAAGAAAUGGAACAAAUGCAAAUGCCAAGAAUGGACAUGCCGGAUUUGAGUGAAAUGUUGACCAAUUACAUAAGUGGUUCUAAACCGCAAAAGAAGAAGACAGGUAGUGGACCUUCGAAGAAGAAGUAG